AUGUCAAAACUGUGUGGUUUGAACGUAGUUCAGCUACGAGAAAAACUACAGAAACGAAGCCUUGUCACAAGUGGCAACAAAGAAGUACUAGUAGCACGUCUGAGAGAAGCUCUCAUUGACGAAGGUAAGAACCCAGACGAAUUCAAGUUUGAUGGUGCUGACGAAGAUAAUGAAAUUAGCACAGGCACGUUUACAACCGCUAAAAUGAUGGAACUUCUGCUUAAGGAGUUAAAACACGUAAAAUUGGAACUGGCAGAACAGAUUGAAGAACAGUCAACAAGAAUAGAAAUGAUCGAGCAGAAACUUGAUCGUCAGACCGUUGAGGUAGAUCACAAGAUAGACAAAUUGAAGCGAGAACUGGAGCAAUCCAAAAAAAUGGCCAUGCCGUUAGAUCACGCAUCCGGAAGAACUUUGAAGCUUAGAAACAGAACGCAACGAUCUGGUGAAUCCAUUCAGCAGCUGGCACAAGAUAUCGAACGGUUGACAUUGCUGUCGUAUCCAACAUCAGACCCCGAGCAUAGAGACGAAACUGCCCUGGAUACUUUUAUCAAAGCCCUUCGUGAUUCGGAACUCAAGCAAUCCCUUCUCUUGUCAGAUAAACGAAAACUCAAGGAUGCUGUUGCGCACAUACAUGAAGAAUGCUCUUGCCAGAAGGUGGUUGUGAAACGCGAACCCCAACAGCAUGGUGUACCCCAAUGCUGGAUUUGUGGUGAAAAAGACCAUCUACGUCGUGAUUGUAAGCACCGCCUAAAAGAUAACUACUGCCGAAAUUGCGCGACAAGAUGGCGCAAAAGAAGAGAAGAUGAUCGUGUAUCACGAUCGGCCCCUUCUAACAAAGGGGCGGAAAAGCUAAUAAGAGCCAACUUUUUGUGUCAGAGGUUGGCUAGUAGAAUUGACGCCCCCGGUACCGUAAUUAACGUUUCCAGACUACAUCGAAAUCGAAACGACCUAUGGCUGAACGGAAAAGUUGAUCAACGAGAAUGUGUAAUUACAGUCGACACCGGAGCAACAAAAUCGAUUUUAAGAUCUGAUUUGCGAUUCGGUGAAUUAUUUAAAGCGAUAUUUGAUUUGUUUGUUGACGUUGUCAUAGCGAUAGAUUUUAAACAAUUUAAAAGUUAA